CCCCUUUUGUGUGAGAGAGAGCAUCUAGUGCCUGCCUACUCGAGUCUCCACAAUCCUACUUUGUCGUCUUCUGUAUUCGUGGAAAACUCUUUUUCUCUUUUAAACUUUUACCAUCUCUUUCUUGUUUGAUACAUCUGCAAGUAUCUUUGCUACAUCUUGACAACAUCUUUGACAAAGUCGAAAAUCUGUCAAAAGUCGUCCUCAGCAUUUAGCGGCGGAAUAAGUACAACAAGGAUCAAUCUACCCAAAAGUGAAACUUCCGCAGGUAUAAAAACCGGAACGAUUGGACGAUUCAUCAUCCAGAUCAACUACUUUGUAUCAUCUCAAAAGAACGAUCAUCACUUCAAGGUAGAACAUUCAAGCAUUCAUCAUGUCUGUCGACCUUAAUCCUCACGUCCAAUUGGGCUUUCCAAGACCUCUCACUCAACUGGUAAAGAGAUCGCUUCAAGUCUCCAACCCAAACAACCAGCCUGUCGCAUUCAAGGUUAAAACUACUGCACCAAAACAAUACUGCGUUCGUCCAAACUCUGGUCGUAUCGAGCCAGGCGAGAAAAUCGAGGUACAGGUCCUACUACAGCCUAUGAAGGAAGAACCCCCAUCAUCCGCUAAAUGCCGCGACAAGUUCUUGGUUCAAUCUACAAUCAUCACACCAGAACGGGAAACGACUAGCUUGAACGACAUUUGGGGCGUUGUUGAAAAGGAAGACAAAGGUGCGAUCCACGAACAGAAGAUUCGCUGCGCCUUCUUGCCUGCUACAACGGCAACUGUACCUGAAGAAGGCGAAGAUAACGCAAGCUCAACAUCAAACGGUAACGAGAAAUACUCAACCGUCAACGGUACACAGAACCCGAUCUUGGCAGCACAGAAUGCUUCGGCAAACACCGAUGGACCAACUACCGAAAAAGCCAGAGCUGCUGCCGUUGCUGCUGGAGGUGCAGCCGCUGCCGGAGCAGGUGCUGCUUAUGCUGCAACAAAGAAUGCAGGCUCUCGUGCUGUUGGAAGUGUAAGCGGAGGUGCAGGAUCAACAAACGGUAAUUUGAGUGAAAAGAGCCACGAACAAUUGCAAUCGGAAGUGAAAAGAUUGCAAUCUCAAGUGGACUCUUUGCGCAAAAGUUCAGCCAAUCAAGGAACAAGCGAUGGUAUUCCAAUUCACAUCGUUGCUGCUAUUUGCUUUGGUGUCUUUGCAUUCACCUACAUUUUCUUCUAGAGUGAUUCUUGUAAGGUGAUGAAAGCAUCAAGAGCGGCAAGAUUAGGUCAGUCAAGGAUGCGCCAACAGGAAUACCGGACGACAGCUCUUUGCAAAGAUUGGCCGGCUUUGGAACAUACCUGAUCAACCUAGAUUGCGAAUACAAUUUUCCCUACCUUUAAUUUUCCAAUUCUGCAUACCAAACGUAUCAACAAGUCUUGUUCUCAUUCCAAAAAUACCUAAUCCACCCCUUUUCAUCUUGGUCAACGUUUUCUUCAAGAUUUCCGAUCAUCUUCACUCCAUGUGUCAAGCUUGUAGAUUGCUACCGUUCAAAAUUCCCUCCGCUUUUUCUCUUUUCACUUCUACUACACACAUCUUUUCUUCACUUCUAAUGUUACAUUUUCUUUCAGUCC